AUGGUUCGCGAGGAUCUGAUCGAGGGAGCUAUCAGCUUCCUCCAAGAUCCCUCCGUAGCCACAGCACCCGUUGAGCAACGCAUCGCCUUCCUCCGUUCCAAAAACCUGACGCAGGAAGAAAUCGACACCUCCCUCGCCCGCGUCGGCCAGGCCGCCCCCGCCUCCUCCCCUCCUGUCCAAUAUCAACCCGCACAACAACAAUUCCAGCAACGCCCUCCACCCCAGCAAUAUGGCGGCUACCAACAAAAUCCACAGCAAUAUUGGCAACAACCGCCUCCCGAACCUCCCCAACGUGACUGGCGUGACUACUUCAUAGCCGCAACGGUGAUCGGCUCUGCUUCAUAUGGGAUCUACUGGACUGCGAAACGCUAUAUCCUCCCGCUGAUCGCUCCUCCCACCCCGCCACAGUUGGAGAGCGACAAAGCAAGCAUCGAUGCUUCAUUUGACAAAGCAUUCGCCUUGUUGGAUCAACUGGCGACCGAUACGGCGGAUUUGAAAUCUGCGGAAGCGGCGAGGAAGGAGCGAUUGGAUGUCGCGUUGGGAGAAGUGGAGAGUGUGCUGGCGAGGAUGAAGUCAGCGAAUGAUGAGCGGGAGAUUGAGGCCAAAAGGAUUGCGAGGGAGAUGCAAGAACUCAGGGAUCUGGUGCCCAAGGCGUUGGAGAAGGAGAAGGGUGUGAUGGAGGGAAGGUUGGGAGAUUUGGUUGGCGAGGUCAAAUCGCUGAAGACUCUGGUCGGAAACCGAGUGGGAGGCGCUGCUGCUCCCGCUGCAGCUCGCACCACCCCAGCGUUCGCAAACCCUUCAUCUGCUCCAAAGCCUGCGACAGCAGAAGAGGAGAAGCCAGCGCCGGAAACUAAUGGCUCCUCUACACCCGCCUCCACGACAACGCCGUCAGCGUACACCGCACCCGUAUACCCACCCGCCAACUCCACUGCGACCACUUCUCAAGCAAGAGAGAUUCCAGGCGGCUCUCAGACUCCAUACUCCCGUCUCUUGGAYCGCGGAGGAAAGGGAUCUGGUGGUGGAGCAGCUAUCCCAAGCUGGCAAUUGGCUGCCAAGAAGAAGAGCGAGGAAGCCAAAGCUGCGGAAACAAAUGGCACCAAUGGAACGACGGAGAGUGGAACGGCGACGGAGAUGGUUGACGCUGCUACUUAG